AUGUCUGCUAGAGAGGAGUCUGACGCCUCUGCAUUGCUUUCUUCAUUGUCGUUGACUGGCGCCUCCGGUGCUAAGGACACUAAUGAUGUGGAACUCCCAAUUACAGAGGAGGCAGAGACGAAGACUGAAUCGAAAGAAGCUGAAUCGAAGUCUCCAGCUGAACCAACAAAAGACGAGCCAAAGACUGAAUUGGAAUCCGAAUCCAAAGCGGAGCAGGACACACAGUCAAAUGAUGGAGCAGAAUCUGCCGCUGUAGGAGAAGCUGAACCAAAAGAGCCAGAAUCAAAUUUGAUCAAAUCAACAUACGAAGUCAAGGUCAAAUUGGCAGACUUGCAAGCAGACCCUAACUCUCCACUAUUCUCUGUCAAGUCGUUCGAUGAUCUCGGACUUAAGGAAGAACUACUCAAAGGCUUGUAUGCCAUGAAGUUCAACAAACCCUCCAAAAUCCAGGAGAAGGCAUUGCCUCUCUUAUUGAAGAACCCUCCAACUAAUAUGAUCGGACAGUCUCAGUCGGGAACAGGUAAAACCGCUGCUUUCUCCUUGACCAUGUUGUCCAGAGUUGACGAAACUGUAAACAACGUCCAGGCCAUUUGCUUAGCUCCAGCCAGAGAGCUUGCAAGACAAACGCUUGAAGUCAUUCAGACCAUGGGCCGUUUCACCAAAAUCAAGAGCAGAUUGAUCAUCCCUGGCACCUACUCGCAUGAAACCACUUUCAACGAACAGAUCUUGGUGGGAACUCCAGGAACGUUGUUGGAUCUCAUUAGAAAGAGAAGAGUCAAUGUAAAGAACGUCAAAGUGUUCGUGUUGGACGAAGCCGACAAUAUGUUAGAUGCACAGGGGUUGGGUGACCAGUGUAUCCGUGUAAAGAAGCUGUUACCUCAAAGUGCACAACUUGUGUUGUUCUCGGCCACUUUCCCUACUGAGGUGAGAGCGUACGCCGAAAAGUUUGUUCCUAAUGCCAACUCGUUGGAGUUGAAGCAGGAAGAAUUGAACGUGGACGGUAUCAAGCAGUUGUACAUGGACUGUGACUCUGAAAAGCACAAGUUUGAGGUGUUGUGCGAGUUGUAUGGAUUGUUGACCAUUGGUUCGUCAAUCAUCUUUGUGCGUAGAAAGGAUACUGCUGACCAGUUGUACAGAUUAAUGACCAAAGAGGGUCACAAGGUUUCUGUUUUGCACAGUGACUUAGAUCACGGAGAUAGAGACCGGUUGAUUGACGAUUUUAGAGACGGCAGAUCGAAGGUGUUGAUCACUACCAACGUUUUGGCCCGUGGUAUUGACAUUGCAUCUGUCUCCAUGGUUGUCAACUACGACUUACCUGUGGACAAGGAUGGCAGACCAGACCCUUCCACAUACUUGCACAGAAUUGGCCGUACUGGUAGAUUUGGCCGUGUUGGAGUGUCCAUCUCGUUUGUUCAUGACAAGAAGUCUUACGAGGUGUUGCAGGCAAUUCAACAAUACUUUGGUAAUAUCGAGAUGACUCGUGUGCCUACGGACGACUGGGACGAAGUCGAGAAGAUUGUAAAGAAGGUGAUUAAGAGCUAG